AUGAACACACUCUAUGGCAUCGACACCGAUUUGAUCUUGCCCUUUCCCACAUCAAACGCUUCUUUCAAGAUGGGCGAAUUCAUAGGCUCUGCCCACCAAGCGGCGCCUGUUAAGAAGCUUAAGAUUUCAGAGCCCCUUGAUGGCUUUCCUUCCCAUAUCUUCGACCUGGCCGAGUCUCUGGAGCACCUCGACCUUUCAGGCACUGGCCUCUCGUCGUUGCCAGACAACUUCGGCCAACUGAAGAGACUGAAGAUUGCUUUCUUCUCCAACUGUAACUUUACAGUAUUCCCAAAACAACUGGCAUCAUGUCCCGAGCUCGAGAUGGUCGCAUUCCGCUCCAAUGGGUUGAGGGAAAUCCCCGAGAACGCUCUCCCACCGCGCCUGCGCUGGCUGAUCUUGACCAACAACGAGAUCGAGCGGCUACCAAACAGCAUUGGAAAAUGCCCGCAUCUCCAGAAGUGCAUGCUUUCUGGCAAUCGACUUCGCACGCUUCCAGAUGAAAUGGCAGGCUGCCGCAACCUGGGUCUUCUGCGCUUGUCCGCUAAUCAGAUCGAAAUUCUACCAUCUUGGCUAUUCGCCAUGCCGGAGCUCUCAUUCCUGUCCUUUGCGGGAAACCCAUGCUCUACGGUGGCAAUCCAGAGACUAAACACGGCUGACAGUCUCAGCAGUGUGCCUUGGACUGAUAUCAAUGCUCAAGAAGUCCUCGGCGAGGGUGCCUCAGGUAUCAUCUCUAAAGGUCUCUGGAAAGCAGACCGGGAAUACCAAGAGGUUGCCAUCAAACUCUUCAAAGGCGACGUCACUAGCGAUGGUACUCCCAUGGAUGAGAUGCGUGCCUGCAUCAUGGCUGGCUCGCACGACAACCUGAUCGACCCCCUUGGGGAGAUCCAAGGGCAUCCGGAUAAAAAAGGCCUAGUGCUGCAACUUAUUCCACCUUCGUACAGUACUCUUGGCCUCCCGCCGUCACUCCAGAGCUGCACGCGAGAUUGCUUCGCCUCAGAAACCGCGUUGAGUUUCGACCAGGGCUUGACAAUACUCCAGGGCAUUGCUUCAGCUGCAGCUCACCUCCAUGCGAGGGCCAUCGCGCAUGGCGACUUGUACGCGCAUAACAUUCUAUUCAAUGAAGAGGGCCAUGCCUUGCUAGGCGAUUUUGGAGCAGCUUCUAUAUACGCAGACUACGCUAUGGAACAACUCGAGGUGCUGGCCUUCGCUCACUUGCUGCAAGACAUUUCGGGAUUGAUAGAGCGAGAUUCUCAUCACCCGGUAGAGCAAGUAAGUUUGGCAAAUCUCAAAACUCUUCACGAGAAAUGCACCUUGCCGGAUCCCAGCACUCGGCCGACCUUUGUUGAGAUCCAGCAAGCCUUGGCAAGUAUAAUCCAAUCCGAGUAG